UUCUGCUCCCCCAGCCCCAGAGCCCCAACAUGAACAGACAAGAUAGGCGUUGAGCCCGGCGCUGGCCAAUUGCCCCUCGAAGCGUUUGCAUCAUCAACGACGCGCACUGCCCAGGGCCUGCGUCUCAGCACCGGCACCGCCGACAAAUUGCCGCGAGAACAGCCGUGUCGUCGCGUUCAGAGAGCACUCCACUGUCGCUAUACAGCAUUCCGAAGCCACCUCGCCCUGCCCGGCAUGCCCUCCGCCGAGUCCAUUCUCCAGCACGCGGCCGAACAUGGCUCGCUCGACUCAGCAGAGUGGCCUGCCACGCUGCAGUAUAUACUCCAGCGCCUUGACGAGAUCAUCGCAGAAUUCCCCAAGCCACCUACAGAUACAACUCCAAACCCGCCCGCAUCUGCAAUCACAGAUCUGCCCUCGCGCCCAGGCACCUCCAACGCUCUUUCCAGUCAAGACUCGCAUGCUACCGACAAGGAAAAUGCCCCACCUGCAACUCCUCCCCGCCCACCCGUGCCCUCCUUCUCCGCAGCAACCGAGCCUCAAGGUAUUUCAGCAGACAUCAACACCUUUUACUCGGCAAUACGCACCACCCUCUCCAAGAACUUUCCAAAGCACCCUCCGCAUACCAUCCAGCGCCUAGCCGAGCUCAUACUUGAGCCCAAGAAGCGCUACCGAUUCCUCCCACCCUACCUACGCGCCCUCGACCGUGUCGUUUCCGUGUCGUCGCCCCUCACCGUGUUCCCACUUCCACAGGCCGUUCUGCCCACUGCGAGCGGCCUGCUCAAUGGAGCUACAUCCAGCACCACGCCCCAGCCAGCGCCCCUCGGUUCUGACGAAUCACUAGGCGGCGCCUUGCUGACUCCCAUUCCCUGGUUGCAGAACCGAGGGCAGAACGAGUUGAUCUCAGAGAGCACAGAGAUGGUCGACGGACCCAAUGGUGCAGGCCGGAUAGAGACCGUGACUGUAGGCAUGCUGGCUAACACUGCACAACCAGAGAAUCCUACAAGCGUAGCCCAGAUUGCCUCGUCACACCCCGAUGGUGAAACCUUGCCGUCUACUGGCCCAGUCACCCAGGGCGAACUGCUACGCCAGGAGCAAGAGGCCGGAAUCGUGCUCAACAACCCUCACAGCAUAACGUCCAACUCGGCAAAGACUACAUUUGGUGACGUUCAAGGCGGGCCUUCCAUCAUGGAGACAGUCGAAGGCGAAGAGGAAGUUCCGCAUGCCCGUGGUCCAGAGAUUAUCGGAAUGGAAGACACAGGACCCCAGCGAGAUGGAAAGCUCGAUAUUGAGGGUGCUAUUGGGAGGCCAAGUCUUGACCGCAAAACCCCAGAGCCCUCGGCAUCUAUGGACACACAAGUCAAGGACAAAGAGUCAAGCCAAGAAGGAGCAGAGAAUGACGGUGCCAAGGGAGGUAGUGAAGAGUCCAAAGAGGGCACUGCAGCGGGAGAACAAGAAACAGAGAAACGCGAUGUAGAGAUGAAGUCGGAUGAUUAGUCGUCACCGGCCGCUCCCCCUGGGCAAGGACAGAACCUCACAGCCGAAGAAACAAGAGAGCUCAUGGCUCUAUUGCAGGCUUACAAUCAUUCUUGAAGCACAGCAUCGGUUGGGAUGCAUUAACAUGUUAACGUGGGUACGUUAUCUAGUCUGCUUUUUUGGGCUGGACUUUCCAAGCGCAGUAGCGUACCCUUAUUUAGCAUUGCCACGUAGUAUGUGCAACUACAUACAUAGCUGUCGAAACAUGAGAUACUACAAAGAGCUGCUAUAAAUAUCAGCAGGCUCCACCCUGCCAAACUUGAGUUGUUUUGAUUCUGCGCAAUACACGUAGUACUACAUACAUUGAAGUACCGCAUCGAGUACAAAAUUCCGACGUGUUGCCACUGUGUUACGUCGUUUGUACUCUGGUUCAUUUCCGAGUCAGGGACCAUGCGCAUAAUGACGAGGGUCAACA